AUUGGGAUCAAAAAAGUAUACCAAAUGAAUGAAUGACUCAAUGAAUGCAUAGUCUUAUAGUCUUAUACUUUCUUAUAGUUAUUGUCUUUCAAUACAACACAACAACCCUUUAUGUGAUGGAAGGGAUGUCCAGACCCUGAGUCCAUCCCGACAUCCAUUCCUCCACAUCGUCCGCAUUGUCCUCAUUGUCCAUAUUGUCCACACAUGUGAAUGCAAGCAACGGUUCCAGCCAUAAGACUAGACACCCUUAUCUAGUGAUCAAUAUUUGGAUUCAAUAUAUGAGUGUUUGUUAUGUUUAACACAAUUAAGACCACAAUCAAAGUGAGCUCACAAUACCAUUGAAUCGUUGGCCACAAUCUGUUGGACACAAUCUGGCCGUAAGUGAAGUGCUUGUGAUCUGGAAGUGAUUGGACAUUCAUCUGAAUGGAGACAAUGAUUGAAAUGAGUGAAUGCAUUGACGAGAGAGUGGAGGCCAGGGAUGAGACGGCAUUCAAGUCUCAGUCGGCGCCCACAACACCCACCUCUCAGUCCAGACCGCUGUCCGCUAACAUGGGUUGUCUCAAUCGCGGCCACCAAAGAGGUCACCAUAGGGUCCAGUUUCCCGAAGACCACCAGAUAGUGACCGGUUAUUUCGAUGCCCCCAACCCUUAUCAAUACGUGUCUGAAACUCAAACGCUGGAAAAUCUCAUCGAUUCGUAUCAAAUCGCGUGUGAGAAACAAAAUAUUAAACCCAUUCCUCGAGUUCUUCAACAAUUAAAGAGGUUUCGAUGCAACAAAAUGCGGGGCCAGGAUCUCAUCCUCAAAGGAGAACGGCUCGACUCAAGACAUUGUGAAGCAUUGGAAGAGAUAUUAAAGCGAGUUUUGUUCAGAACUAUUGAUUUGGAUUCAUGUGAUUUAGACUGUGAGGGAGCGUCGGCCCUCUUCGAUAUGAUCGAGUUCUACGAAUCGGCGUCUCAUUUAUGUUUGGCUAACAAUAAGUCGAUUGGAGUGAUGGGAUGGCAGUCGUUGUGCCGAACUCUCAAAAAGACCUCAUGUCUACAAUACCUCAAUCUUCGCAAUACGGGACUCAAUGAACAAAUACUUCUAAUAAUGGGUCGUGCGAUGCGUUUGGGCUCUCAUUUAGUUGCCAUACAUUUAGAAAACGCCGGACUCUAUGUGGCCGCCCUUAAGCUCAAUACAAACCUAAGAGAACUUUAUUUGGGAGACAAUAAGAUAUGUUCCGCAGAUGGCGUCCAAAUCGGGAAUCUUCUUCGCGCGAACGCUUGUCUCGAUGUCCUCGACCUGAGGAGGAAUCAUAUCCAAGACAUAGGUCUCGACCAUAUAUGCGAGGGAUUGUCUCAUCAGCCGUACGGAGGCCUCAAAAUUCUCAAUCUAUCAGAUAAUCAAAUAACGAGUCGAGCGAUGAAUCAUUUGGAUGAGACCAAUGCUGAUAACUCAUCAGAAUCGGGAACUUCUCAAAGGGUUGGUUACAGGAAUGAGAAUGAGAUGAAACCCGAUCUGAUAUCACAUGCAAUAAAUGGUUCCACUCCUCAGACCUCUUGCUCGUGGGGCUCAACCUGUGAUACACACAAACAAUCGGGUCGUUUCAGUGUAUCGCCCGUUAAUUUAGACACUGAAACGGACAACAAUUUAAACACCGGUUCCCUUGAAGACAAGACUGCAGUAUUGGACACCAAUUUGGAUGUAAUGCAAACUCAAACAACCGAUGAUCCGAAUAGUGAGAACAUUCAGUCCAAUGAUACCAAUAAUGAAACGAGCGAUAAACUCAUGGAUUUGCCCAAAAACAAAACAAAAACACUAUUAACGCCAGAAUCUCCUUAUAAUAAGAAUAUUCGGCGAAUGAGUUCUCCUAAUCUGUCCCAAACUAUUAAAGCCAAAGUCAAACCCUUUAAUCAAUUCAAGCCAUACACUCAUUUGGAAAGUCUCGACCUCAAGAGCUCACUACCCAUUUCACCCACAUUUUUUGGCCGCUUUGAAUUUCCGGAUCCAUUAUUGUUGAAAUUACCGCCAGAAGUCGAUGAUAUCAUUUCCAAGUUUGUCGAUUGCGACUCAAAUCAGUUACAAUGCCGUUUGGAUGCGGGACAGCCCACUAUAGCCACACUACAGCCCACUUUGACGCACACAUCUCCUCAUCCAAUGCCAGUCAAUCCAUGCGAAUAA